AACUCUAUGGUUCCGGGGCGGGCUCGGAGGCCUGAGUUUGAAGGCAGUGGCGGGAAGAUGACAGCUACACCUGUUACCAGGCCGGGUUUCUCCCGACGGAGAGGACGCUGGAACUGUGGCUGUCCCUGAACAGCCGAGAAGAGUUCGAGAUGAAUCGUCCGCGGUGGAGUGGGAAACGGCGGCGUUCAACAUUAGGCUCAGACUCCUGGGGAAGCGGCGAUGACAGCACUGACAGCCCCCUGCUUCCCUCCGGGCCGGUGCUGAGCCCGCCCCCCGGCCUGGGACGCAGCUUGAUGGACAGAGGCGGCCGGCCGGCAGCAGCUGCAGGGGAAUGUAAACAAACAGUUCCUGACGAUCAAAUAGAUAAGCUGCUAUUGGCAAACUGGGGACUUCCUACAGCGAUUCUGGAGAAAUAUCACAGUUUUGGUGUAAAAAUGAUGUUUAAAUGGCAGGCAGAAUGUCUUUUGCUUGGACAAGUCCUGGAAGGAAAGAAUUUAGUCUAUUCAGCUCCUACAAGUGCUGGGAAGACUCUUGUUGCUGAAUUACUUAUUUUGAAGCGGGUUUUGGAAAUGCGGAAGAAAGCUUUGUUUAUUCUGCCCUUUGUCUCUGUGGCUAAAGAGAAGAAAUACUAUCUCCAGAGUCUGUUUCAGGAAGUAGGAAUAAAAGUAGAUGGUUACAUGGGCAGUAGCUCUCCCAAAGGGCAUUUCUCUUCCUUGGAUAUUGCUGUCUGCACAAUUGAGAGAGCCAAUGGUCUGAUCAAUCGCCUCAUAGAAGAAAAUAAGAUGGAUCUAUUAGGAACAGUGGUUGUGGAUGAAUUGCAUAUGUUGGGAGACUCCCAUCGAGGGUAUCUGCUGGAACUUUUGCUGACUAAGAUUUGCUAUAUUACUCAGAAAUCAGCAUCUUGCCAGGCAGAUUUAGCCAGUUCUCUGUCUUAUGCUGUACAAAUCAUUGGUAUGAGUUCUACUCUUCCUAAUUUGAAGCUUGUGGCUUCCUGGUUGAAUGCUGAACUCUACCACACCGAUUUUCGUCCUGUGCCACUGUUGGAGUCAGUAAAAAUUGGAAAUUCCAUAUAUGACUCUUCAAUGAAGCUUGUGAGGGAAUUUCAACCCAUGCUACAAGUGAAGGGAGAUGAGGACCAUGUUGUAAGUUUAUGCUAUGAGACCAUUCGUGAUGACCAUUCAGUAUUACUUUUUUGUCCAUCAAAGAAAUGGUGUGAGAAGCUGGCAGAUAUGAUUGCCCAUGAGUUUUACAAUCUACAGCAUCAAGCUGAGGGAUCGGUAAGAUCAACUGAACUUUCACCAGUGUUACUAGAACAAAAGGGCCUCCUAGAAGUGAUUGAUGAGUUAAAACGUUCACCUUCAGGACUGGACUCUGUAUUACAAAAAACUGUACCAUGGGGAGUGGCAUUUCAUCAUGCAGGUCUUACUUUUGAGGAGAGGGAUAUCAUUGAAGGAGCCUUCCGUCAAGGUCAGAUUCGGGUCUUGGCAGCAACUUCUACUCUUUCAUCUGGGGUGAAUUUACCUGCACGUCGUGUCAUUAUUCGGACUCCUAUUUUCAGUGGUCGAACUCUAGAUAUUCUUACUUAUAAGCAGAUGGUUGGUCGUGCUGGCAGGAAAGGAGUAGACACAGUAGGUGAGAGUAUCUUAAUUUGUAAGAACUCGGAGAAAUCCAAAGGUAUAGCUCUACUUCAGGGGUCUCUAAAACCUGUUCGAAGUUGUCUGAGAAGACAAGAAGGAGAAGAAGUAACGGCAAGCAUGAUAAGAGCUAUUCUGGAGAUAAUAGUUGGUGGAGUGGCAAGUACAUCACAAGAUAUGCAGACUUAUGCUUCUUGCACAUUUUUGGCUGCAAGUAUGAAAGAAGGGAAGCAGGGAAUUCAGAGACAUCAAGAUCCUGUUCAACUUGGAGCAAUUGAGGCCUGUGUAAUGUGGCUGCUAGAAAAUGAAUUCAUCCAGGCUACUGAAGCUAGUGAUGGAACAGAAGAAACGGUGUAUCAUCCAACACAUCUUGGUUCGGCAACUCUUUCUUCUUCACUUUCUCCAGCUGAUACUUUAGAUAUUUUUGCUGACCUCCAAAGAGCAAUGAAGGGCUUUGUUUUAGAGAAUGAUUUGCAUAUUGUCUAUCUGGUUACACCUAUGUUUGAGGACUGGACUGUAAUAGAUUGGUAUCGAUAUUUCUGUUUGUGGGAGAAGUUGCCGACUUCCAUGAAACGGGUGGCAGAGCUAGUGGGAGUUGAAGAAGGGUUCUUGGCUCGCUGUGUGAAAGGGAAAGUAGUAGCCAGAACUGAGAGACAGUACCGACAAAUGGCCAUCCAUAAAAGGUUUUUUACCAGUCUUGUGUUGUUAGAUUUAAUCAGUGAAGUUCCCUUAAAGGAAAUUAAUAAGAAAUUUGGAUGCAGUCGUGGACAGAUUCAGUCUUUACAACAGUCAGCUGCUGUUUAUGCAGGGAUGAUUACAGUGUUUUCCAACCGCCUGGGCUGGCACAACAUGGAGCUGCUACUUUCCCAGUUUCAGAAACGUCUUACAUUUGGCAUCCAGAGGGAGCUGUGUGACCUGGUCCGGGUGUCCUUACUUAAUGCACAGAGAGCCAGGUUCCUCUAUGCUUCCGGCUUUCUUACUGUGGCAGAUCUUGCCAGAGCAAAUAUUGCUGAGGUGGAAACUGUUCUGAAAAAUGCUGUGCCUUUUAAAAGUGCCCGAAAGGCAGUGGAUGAGGAAGAGGAAGCAGUUGAAGAACGUCGGAAUAUGCACACUAUUUGGGUGACUGGCAGAAAAGGUUUAACUGAAAGGGAAGCUGCGGCCCUAAUAGUGGAAGAAGCCAAAAUGAUUCUUCAGCAGGACUUAGUUGAAAUGGGAGUACAAUGGAAUCCACAUUCCCAUUUAAAUUCUGAUACACACUCAUUGACCAGCAGUGGGUCAGAAGUAAAUGAACACCAAUUUAUAUCCCAAACUAAGAGUUCUCAUAAAAGAUUAAAAUCAGAGAAAAAAAGUAACACAAUAUUUAGUGAUUCUUCUGUUAAGCAUUCACCAAAUAUAGUGCAAGAUGUAGAUAAAUAUAGAGAGCAUACAAAUUAUCUGUUUCAGGAUGGGCAUCAAGAACGUCAGGUACGUUCGAUUUCCAGAGCAAGAAAACUGACUUCUUUGAAUAUAAAUAAAGAGAAGCUAGAAACCUCUCCGAAUGAGGGAAAAACAAGCACUAAGAAAGUUGUUCAGACUUUCUCCCUUAAGAAAACAAAAAAGGAAACUUUGAAUUGUAGUUCAGAAAAGAUGAGUACCACCUUUCGAUCUUGGAAACAUAGCAAGCAUCUAAAACAAUCCAGAUACAGUAGCUCUGUGAAAGACAGUGGGAAGUGUAGAACUGAUUUACAAAAACAAACUGUAUCUAAUCCUGUUCACUGUGAAGACUCAUUUACCUUAGAUGAAAAGGAUAUGGAAUUAGGAAGUCCUGGGCCAUUUGCUAAAAAUGCAUCUUCCUGUGCUGAGGGAAAAUAUAAUAAAACAUCAUUCCCAUUACAAACAAAACAAAGUUGUUCAAGGAAAAAAACAAUAAAUAAUGAUAUUCUUGGUGAACAUUUUAUCACAGGAUCCAAGAGUGAAAAACGGACUUGUCAAGGCACUAGUGUAGUUAGUGAAAAUGGAAGAGGAUUAGCUGUUGUGGAGUCAGAAAAAAUAGACAAAGUCCUGAUACAAAAUGAUUCAAAAAAACAUGUUUAUGUGAGACACCAUGAUACACAUCCAAUUAACCAGUGCCCAGAGAAGCAUUCUGAUAAACAGACAGACACUUAUACCAAACAGAAAAAAAUAGUAGAGAUGCAAAUGCCUUGUGAGCUAGUCAGUAGUUAUAUGAAUAGAGACUCAAAUGCUAUUAUUAUCAAAUGUAAAAGUGUAAAGUUGAAUGCUGAGGAAAAUAAAUUAAAUAAUCUUCAGGCAUCUGGAGAUAAUAUAAGCAGCAUUGAUACAUCCAGUGGAGUACAUCUAUCAACUGGAGCAUUUGGUAAAUCUGGAGGCCAUCAUGAGAAUUUUGUAAAUACGUCUAGAAUUCAAGAAAAAACAGAUACUUAUGCAGCAAACAAAAAUAAUGGUGUUUCUGACUUAGGGUUCAUCCCUUGUGAUUUUGAAGAUAGUUUCUACCUGGAUACUCAGUCAGAAAAAAUAAUACAACAGAUGGUAACUGAAAAUACCAAACAAGAAGCAGUGAAGGACACCAACCUGGCAGUGGAGAUAAUGCCGACAGGCCUAGACAAACAGGGCUCAGCGCGCUCUUCUCAGAGCGAGAUUCGCGUUACCUUUCCUGGGGGUCAGAGUUCUCCAGGAGUGACAAAUACAGACCAUUUGGAACCUAAGACUGUAGAUACAGUGAAACGAAGCACAGAUUCACAUGGAGUUGAUAUCCUGACUCCAGAAAACCCACUUUCUCAUUCUCCAAUACUAUUGAGGGAAAAUGGCCAUUGUUUUAAAGGGAAUGAACUUUCUGUUACCGACUCCCAAUUAAAUAGUUUUCUUGAAGGUUAUCAAACACAGGAAGCUAUGAAACCAGUUAUAGCUCUAGUUCCUCAAAAGAGAACUCCCACUGGCUUAGAAGUAGAAUGUCUGCCAGUUCCUGAAACAAGUUUAAAUUUGAGUGAUAGUUUAUUGUUUGACAGUUUCAGUGAAGACUACUUAGUUAAAGAACAAGCACCUGAUGUAGAAGCAAAAGAACUGCUUCCUUCUGAAAUAAUGUCAGACCAUUUCAGUGAUUCUUUCUGUUUGCAACCAGAGGGCCCAAUUAAAUCAAAUAUGGGUACAAAUCAAGAUAAUCAACAGCAGUUGACUUGUUUCAGUGAUGAGUCUAUUAUGUUUUCAGAAAUAGAUUCUGUUCAGAUGGUUGAAGCUUUGGAUAAUGUAGAUAUAUCUCCUGUCCAGGAUAAAUAUAAUACUGCAGUAUCUUUUAGAACAUUAGAACUACAUGACCCAGUGGAUAAUGAUUAUCCCCAAAGAGAAGUAAUUGAAGGAGAUGAAGAUGAAAAAUCUCAAAACUCCAAAUUAACUGGGACAAAACAAAAUAAUUCAUUAACGUGGUCAGGAGAAUCAUUUGAUAUAAGUCCAGGACUGCAAAGGAUUUUAGAUAAAGUGUCCAGUCCUCUAGAAAAUGAAAAGCUAAAAUUAACCACUACAGACUUGUCUAAUUUGAAAGAAAAAAAUGGAGAGUUAAAUGACAAACAAGAAGUGGUUUCAAAUUUGGAGCUAAAUCAAGUACAGGGAAUUUCAUGUUCCCCUCAUAUUGAAGUAAAAAGCAAGACUGAGGUAUUCAAGAACAAUGCUAUUCGUGGUGAAACCCCACCCCUCUUGCCGUGUAAAGAAAGCUAUGUAGUUGAUGAUAAUGGACUCAUUCCUCCUACACCCAUUCCAGCAUCUGCUUCUAAGCUGGUGUUUCCAGAUAUUCUUGGCACAUCUGUAAAACUUUGGAAAACUAGUAGUGUUUUACAACCUGGUGUAAGUCAUUCGUUUGGCUCACCUUCAGAUAUUAAAAGCCGUGACUUCAGUCCAGAGAAUAGAAAUAACGUAAAAGCUGACAGUCCUAUUAGAGACACAAGUUUUUCACUGCAGUUAUCACAGGAUGGAUCACAGUUAACUCCAGCCUCAUGCACUUCAGAAAGCUUGGCCAUAAUUGAUGUAGCAAGUGACCAAAUUCUCUUUCAAACGUUUAUAAAGGAGUGGCAGUGCAAAAAGCGAUUUUCCAUCUCACUGGCUUGUGAAAAGAUCAGUAAUGUGACAUCUUGUAAAAGUGUUACUAUUGGUGGUAGGUUCAAGCAAGUUAGCUCACCUCAGGAAACCCCUGAUGGAUUCCCUGUUAAGGACUGUGAUGACAUCUUGGUGGUUGGACUGGCAGUAUGCUGGGGUGGAAGAGAUGCCUAUUAUAUUUCAUUGCAGAAGGAACAAAAGCAUUCUGAAAUUAGUGCCAGUUUGGCCCCACCAUCUCUGGAUCCAAACCUGACUUUGAAAGACAGAAUGUGGCACCUUCAAUCUUGCUUUCCAAAGGAACCUGAUAAAGAACGUUCUGUUAUCAUCUAUGACUUCAUCCAGAGCUAUAAAAUUCUUCUUCUGUCUUGUGGCAUCUCCCUGGAACAAAGUUAUGAAGAUCCCAAGGUGGCAUGCUGGCUACUAGAUCCAGAUUCUAAGGAGCCGACUCUUCACAGCAUAGUGACCAGUGUUCUUCCUCGCGAGCUUCCACUCCUAGAAGGGAUAGAGUCUGGCCGAGGAAUUCAAAGCCUGGGACUGAAUGUCAGCACUGAGCAUUCUGGGCGAUACCGAGCCUCUGUAGAGUCCAUUGUCAUCUUCAACGCUAUGAAUCAACUCAAUUCGUUGUUAAAGAAGGAAAACCUGCAAGAUGUUUUCUGUAAAGUGGAAAUGCCCUGUCAAUACUGCUUGGCCUUGCUGGAGCUAAAUGGAAUCGGCUUCAGUACCGCAGAGUGUGAAAGUCAGAAACACAUCAUGCAAGCCAAGCUGGAUGCGAUUGAGACUCAGGCUUAUCAGCUGGCUGGCCACAGUUUUUCCUUCACCAGUUCGGAUGACAUUGCUGAGGUUUUAUUUUUGGAAUUGAAGUUGCCACCAAAUGGAGAGAUAAACCAAGGCAGCAAGAAAACUUUGGGUUCCACCAGAAGAGGGAAUGACAAUGGAUGCAAGCUAAGACUGGGAAAACGAUUCAGCACCAGUAAGGAUGUUUUAAAUAAAUUAAAGGCAUUACAUCCUUUACCAGGCUUGAUAUUAGAGUGGAGAAGAAUCACUAAUGCUAUUACCAAGGUAAUCUUUCCCCUGCAGCGGGAAAAGCGUCUGAAUCCUUUUCUUGGAAUGGAAAGAAUCUAUCCUGUAUCACAGUCACACACUGCUACAGCCAAGCCAGUGUUAGCGUUGAUUCUCUUGAUGAGUGGUGAUGAUGAUGAUGAUGAUGAAGAAAAUUGGCCAGGACGAAUAACUUUUACAGAACCAAAUAUUCAGAGUGUGCCAAGAGAUUUUGAGAUCAAAAUGCCAACACUAGUAGGAGAAAGCCCACCUUCCCAAGCCCUAGGCAAGGGCCUACUUCCCACGGGCAGAGGGAGAAAUAAGGGUUGUGGCCUGAACCCUGGGCACCAGGCACAGAUGGAGGAGAGAGCCUCAGACAGAGGAAUGCCAUUUUCCGUCAGCAUGCGACAUGCCUUUGUGCCUUUCCCAGGUGGUUUAAUAUUAGCUGCUGAUUACUCUCAAAUUGAACUGAGGAUCUUGGCUCAUUUAUCUCAUGAUCAUCGUCUCAUUCAAGUAUUAAACAUGGAAGCUGAUGUUUUCAGGAGUAUUGCAGCUGAAUGGAAGAUGAUUGAGCCAGAGUUUGUUGGGGAUAAUCUGAGGCAACAAGCAAAGCAGAUUUGCUACGGAAUCAUUUAUGGAAUGGGAGCUAAAUCUUUGGGAGAGCAGAUGGGCAUUAAAGAAAAUGAUGCUGCUUGCUACAUUGACUCCUUCAAAUCCAGAUACACAGGAGUUAAUCAUUUCAUGAAGGAGACGGUGAAGAAUUGUAGAAGAGAUGGGUUUGUUCAGACCAUUUUGGGACGGCGUAGAUAUUUACCAGGAAUCAAAGACAACAACCCUUAUCAUAAAUCUCACGCUGAGCGUCAGGCUAUCAACACAACAGUCCAAGGUUCAGCAGCCGAUCUUGUCAAAAUAGCCACAGUUAACAUUCAGAAGCAAUUGGAGACCUUGCACUCAACCUUCAAAUCCCAUGGGCAUCGCGAGUGUAUGCUCCAAAGAGACAAAACAGGAUUGUUACCAAAGAGAAAACUGCAAGGGAUGUUCUGCCCAAUCAGAGGAGGCUUCUUCAUCCUUCAACUCCAUGAUGAACUCUUAUAUGAAGUGGCAGAAGAAGAUAUUGUGCAGGUAGCUCAGAUUGUCAAGAAUGAAAUGGAAAAUGCUAUACAACUUUCUGUGAAACUAAAAGUGAAAGUGAAAAUAGGUGCCAGCUGGGGAGAGCUGAAGGACUUGGAUGUGUAAUUAUACCAUUGAUUAAGUCCCCCUAGGGAAGCCUGGUGUAGGUACAAUCAUGGGACGAAUAGAGACUAACUACCCUUUUGCUUACUUCAUGAAAAAAAACAACAAAACAAACUCUGAAGUCUUGAUGGACUUAGGAUAGUAAUUUUAUGAGAGUUUCAAAAUGUAUAUGAGAGUUUAUUCUCUGAAAUGUAAAAAUCUUUUUUGAGACAACAUACCAACUUUAGUGAUUAUGUUCACUCUCAAAGAGUAUCUGUGAAAUUGCCUUUUAUAGUUUACUGUGGCUCUAAACAGGUUCAGAACACAUGCUUGAAAUAUGCACUUAGCACUUUGGGUGUGACCUGUCUGGGCUGAACAUGAAGAAAAUAGAACUGUUACCUCAGAGGUAUUUCCAGCCCUGUCCAGGGUUCAGACCCCAACAAGAGCCAUAGGCGCAUAAAGAUUUGAUUUCACAUACACCACCAGGGUUAGACCUUGUGUGCGAUUUUUCUCCAAUUAUCAGUCUAAGGCUUCUGAAGUAAAUAUUUUUAAAUAGCACUGGCUAAUGAAUUACGAAUUCUGUGAAGCGGUAAGACUUGAUAUGGAUGUAAACCAGGAAUGCAUUUUCAUGAAAUGCUGUGUCUUCUUCCUUUUCCUUCCCCAGUUCAUGCAAUGAGUGUAUUUGCAAUACUUAGGUAUUAUAAAACAAGCUACGCCUCUUCAAGAGGUAUCCUGUUCUGUAAGAUCAGGUGUUUAUAUUGCAGUUUAGUAUAGGACUGCCAGAGAAGUACUUUAGUGCCCCUUUCUAUGUUUGUGACAUGGUGAGAACCUCCCCCCCCCCGAAAAGAUUGUACUUUAAUAAUUCCAGUCAGAGGUGUAUAACUGACCUUUUUGUUGUUAAAAUAAAAUGUAUUUAUGAGAAACUUUCUAUCAGCAAUUCAGUUUUUUAAAUUGUGUCUGGUUUAAGAAUAUCAGAAACCUGUGUCCCAUAUUUACAUAUUCUAUAGUUUGCUCAUCCUCUG